GUCGCUAGCAAUGGCAACCUUGAAGUUGAUCGUGAUAGAAAACUUCAAGUCGUGGAGAGGCCGGCAGUUGAUCGGGCCCUUCAUGCGAUUCAACUGCAUCAUCGGCCCGAAUGGAUCGGGGAAAUCAAAUAUAAUGGAUGCCAUCAGUUUUGUGAUGGGCGAGAGAACUGCUAAUCUCAGAGUGAAGCACAUGAAAGACUUGAUACAUGGUGCUCAUGUAGGACAUCCUGUGUCACCUACUGCAAGGGUCACUAUGCUGUACACAAUAGAAGAUGAUGAGGAUGUCUCAUUUACCAGAGCCAUUAUUGGGAAUUCUUCAGAAUUUCGAUUAAAUGAUAGAGCUAUCAGUCGAGCAGAAUACGCAAAUGAACUUGAAAAAAUUGGCAUUCUACUGAAGGGUAGAAACUGCCUGGUGUUUCAGGGAGCUGUAGAGAGUAUUGCUAUGAAGAAACCCAAAGAGAGAACACAAUUGUUUGAACAAGUCAGCAAUUCGGGGGAAUUGUCCAGUGAAUAUGAUAUGAAGAAGAAAGAAAUGCUAGAUGCAGAAGAAGAGGCUCGAUUCAAUUACAAUAAAAAGAAAAAUGCAGCAGUUGAGCGCAAACAUGCUAAGUAUGAGAAAGAAGAGGCAGAUCGUUACCAAGUAUUGAUUGAAGAAUUGAAAGAAAGCAAGAUUCAGUUGCAACUCUUCCUUUUGUAUUAUAACGAGAUGUUUAUAGAAAAUUUAUGCAAUGAUCUGCAAGCAAAAAAUGAAGCUAUAAAUAGUCAGAAAAUCAGGCAGGCCACGGUAGAAGAAGAAGCGAAAACUGUGAAGAAAGAGAUGGGUAAACUGAACCGAGAGGUGCAGCAAAUAGAGAAGGAGAUAAAAGCCCAUGAAUCUAACCUGAAUGAGAAGCGGCCCAGCUAUAUAAAAGCUAAGGAGAACACAAGGCACCACGCGAAGAAGGUGGAGAUGGCUAAAAAAUCUAUGAAAAACUGUGAAAAACAGCACAGCAUCCACCAGCAGGAGGCGAAGGAAAUGGAAUCAGAACUUGAAGAUGUGAAAAAACUAUGGACAGAAUAUGAGGAAAAGGCGCAAGCAGAACUAAGCAGCAGAGGUCACAGCAUGGAACUGGAAGAGAGCCAAGCAGAAGAAUAUAAAGAACUAAAGGAACUAGUGAGAAAAAAAUUGUUUGCCAUGACCCAUGGGCUGGAGAAGUUACGAUGGGAACAGAAGUCUGAUCGAGACAAGUUGGAACUGGAAGAAAGAAACCAUAAAUAUUUGGAAGUUCGAAUUAGACACACAGAGCUGGAAAUAGACGAUUAUGUGAAAAGAUCAGAAAAGCUGGAAGACUAUAUUAAUAUCUGCAAAACUUCUCUGGCUGAGCAGAAAAAACGGGAAGAAGACUUGACUAAUGAAAUACAGAAUGCAAAGCUACGUAUUAGUGAAGUCAGUGAAAAACUAAAUGAGGUAGCUGGUGAGCUACAGAAUGCUGGGAUUGCUCACCAUGAAGGACAUCGCCAGCAGAGGAAAGCUGAGAUACUUGAGAGUUUUAAACGUUUGUAUCCAGAUUCUGUGUACGGAAAGCUUGUGGAUCUCUGUCAUCCUAUCCACAAGAAGUACCAGCUUGCUGUCACCAAAGUUUUUGGAAGAUACGUUAAUGCCAUUGUGGUUGCUACUGAGAAAACAGCCAGGGAUUGUAUUCGGUAUUUGAAAGAAGAACGAGCUGAGCCAGAGACUUUCUUAGCUCUAGAUUACCUUGAAAUAAAACCAAUCAAUGAACAGUUGCGAGAAAUUAAAGGAGCCAAAAUGAUGAUUGAUGUGAUUCAGUGUGUAUCACCACAGUUGAAGAAAGUGGUACAGUUUGUUUGUGGCAAUGGACUAGUAUGUGAAAACCUGAAAGAAGCCAGAAUGAUUGCAUUCGAUGGACCAGAAAGACUUAAGGCAGUGGCAUUGGAUGGAACACUCUUCCUAAAGUCUGGUGUUAUCUCUGGGGGCUCCAGUGAUCUAAAGUUUAAAGCCAGGUGCUGGGAUGAGAAAGGGAUCAGCCAGCUGAGAGAAAUGAAGGAUAAGCUAAAAAAUGAGCUUCGGGACCUGCUAAAAGUAAACAGGAAAGAAGCCGAAUUAAGGCACUUGCAGGCUCAAGCCAAGGGUACAGAGACCAGGAUGAGAUAUUCCUUGAGUGAUCUGGAGCAAACUAAGAAGAAGCAUUUGACUAAUCGUCAUAUGGAAAAGUCAAAACUAGAAAGUACAUUGGCUAAUUUGAAGUCCAAUUUGACAGUUUUGAGAUCAAAUCUUGAAGGCCACGAGAUGAAAAUGCAGGAAAUGCAGUUCCAAAUGAAUGAAGUUGAAGAUAGAGUGUUUGAAGAUUUCUGCGUCAAGAUAGGUGUAGCAAAUAUCCGUGAAUAUGAGGACGAACAUGUGAAGCAAUUAGAAGAAAUUGCUCAGAAAAGGUCUGAGUUUGAGAACCAAAAAACACGGUUGGCAAUUCAGCUAGACUACUUGUAUGAUCAGAUUAAGGAGGAUAUCAAAAAAAUUCAUAAAUGGAAGGAAGCUAUUGAAAAAGACGAAAAAGAAAUAGUGAAAUUAAAGAAGGAGGAGUUGCAGUUAAUGAAAAUUGUAGAUGAAAUCAUGACGAUACAGCAGAAUCUCACUAACAAGCUUUUAAUUAAAAAGUCACAAGCCCAGGAUAUGCAAAAGGAAGUUGAUGAAGCCAGGAAGAAAGUAUCAAAUGCUGACAGAGAGCUAGCAAAGCUUCAGAAAGAAUAUGUUUCUGUGGAAACCUCUAUAGAACAAAAAAGGUUGGAGCGACACAAUCUUCUAUUAGCCUGUAAAGUCCAAGAUAUACAGAUUGAACUACUCCAAGGCAAACUGGAAGAAAUUAGUGAGGUUGGAACAGAAGUUGAAAGCACACAAGCUACAGUGGAUGUCUUUGAAUUGGAAGCUGGUUUUGAAAUAGACUAUAGCAGUUUACCAACAGAUCUGAAAGGCCUUACAUCGUUUAAAGAAACUGAAAUAGAGGAAAAUAGAUUAAAUAAGCUAUUGGAAGAGAAGGAAAUUUUUUUACACAGAACAGCUGCACCAAAUAUGAGAGCAGUUGAAAAGCUGCAAAAUGUGUGGGAUAAGUUUCAAGAUUCAGUCCACGCAUUUGAAUUAAGUAGAAAGAAAGCUAGGAUCUGCAGACAGGAGUUUGAACAUGUCAAAAAGAGGAGAUACGAUUUGUUUAACCACUGUUUUGAGCAUGUCUCAGUGAAAAUUGAUCAGAUCUACAAGAUGAUGUGUCAGAAUAGCAGUGCUCAGGCAUUCCUCAGUCCAGAAAAUUCUGAAGAGCCUUAUUUGGAUGGUAUCGGUUACAACUGUGUGGCCCCAGGAAAACGAUUCAUGCCUAUGGAUAACUUAUCAGGAGGAGAAAAGUCUGUGGCAGCAUUGGCAUUGCUUUUUGCUAUUCACAGUUACCGGCCAGCCCCCUUUUUUGUACUUGAUGAAGUUGACGCUGCUUUGGACAACACAAACAUCGGAAAAGUUACAAGUUACAUCCGAGAACAAUCCAAAAAUAAUUUUCAGGUGAUUGUGAUCUCGCUAAAAGAAGAAUUUUAUUCAAAAGCUGAUGCACUAAUUGGAGUAUAUCCAGAGCAAGGCGAAUGUAUGUCCAGUCAACUUCUGACCUUUGACCUUACCCUUUACCCUGAAAAUACCAAAUUGGAAGAGAGGCAACAGCUUGAGGAAGACUAA